UCUCUCCGAUUCUUUGUUAUUCGAGAUCCUUUAUCGACUCCCAUGGCUAUCGGUUCUACGAUGCAAGUCCGUCUCAAAGCGCUGGAAUUCUCUUAUUUCCAACCGUUACUUUGUUAAAAGCUUCAUUCACCACCGACGUCAACAAUUCGAGGCAGCAAUGGCGGAAUCGAUUUCCUCAACUUUCUCCCCUCUAUAGUCGAACGAGUAAAGCAACAGUAUUCGUUUCGCAUCGAGUCUUCGUUCAACGACUUGUUGCUGGUAUACUGCUUUCCCAAUUACCACAUCUGCAACCCACUUACCAAAACAUGGUUUACGCUCCCUCUGCUUCCAUACCCAAUGGGUAAGGGAACAAUCGUUAUGAUGGGCUUUAUAUGCGAACCCUAUAGCUGUGAAGACAAAGAUGACAAAGACCCUUGUGUUACCACUCGAUAUAAGGUGGUACGCAUUUGUUCUCCCAUUCAACGCAAUCAGAUAGAAAUGGAGAUUUUUUCUUCUGAGACUGGUGAAUGGUGCAGCUCAGUUGUUUCGUCACCACGGUGGCUCAGUUACUUCAAUUAUAAGACUAUAGAUGUUGGUGUUGUUGCCUGCAAUACAAUGCUGCAUUGGGUGGAUGUAGACAAAAGUGAUAAAAUGAUCAAAGGCUUUGUUGGCUUCGAUCCAUUCAACGAUGCACAGCAAUGCUGUUACAUUGAUCCACCCACUGGCCUUUUGCGCGACGAGUUCAUCUCCUUAGGAGUGUUUCAAGGUCGUCUCCGGAUAUACCAACGUCCUUGGCUUCCAAUCAAAGCUUGCAAUUUUUACGUUUGGGAACUUGAGGAUUACAUUAAUGCAGGUACAUGGUGCUUGAAACACAAAGUUUACUUCAAGGACAUGGUUUCAGACUAUCCGGGGCUUGUUAAGAUAGCUAAGGGGUUCCAUCCACCUGUAGAUUUGCUAGCUUUCCACCCAAAUGAUGGUGAUCUUGUCUUCUUACAAUUCCGGAAUUACGUUGUCUUGUGCAACAUGCGUACUGGGGUCUUGAAAUUCGCCGGCCAACUUCAAGAUAUGGGGAAAAUCUUACUUGGAAACUCCAACAACUUUGUGACUGUACAAGCAAAAUCUGCAUUCGUGCUUCGUCAACCAUUGUUUCCAACACAAUUGUUUCCAAAACCAAUUCCAAAACCAAUUCCUCCACCCUUAUUGUCCCGACCGUAUCGAAGGUUUUCUUAUGAAGUUUAA